AAUCAAUAGGAAUACCGUCACAAACUUCCUGCUCAGUUGCCUGCAUUGCUCUUCUAAGAAUAUUCGUUGCUCAUCUGUAUUGAUAUGGGGAGAAAUGGCAACUUGUAGUAUCUCGUGGAAUCGAAAGCGACGAGUUUUGGUUUUAGGUUCUGGUGUAAUUGGACUUACCACUGCUAUUCGAUUAGCUGAAAGUGGUCAUAAAGUUCUGAUAUGGUCCAAGGAUAGGUCACCCAAUCUUACUUCGGAUGGCUCCGGUGGUUAUUGGAUGCCGUUUCAUAUCGAACCUGAGGAAUGGGUCAACGAGUGGAGUAUAGAAGCUUUAAGAGUAUUUAGAAAUCAGUUGAAAUAUUAUGGAAAAGAAUGUGGUAUUCAUAUAUUUCCUGGUAAAGUACUUCACGAGCAUCUUCCAAAGCAAGUUCCCUAUUGGACCCAUUAUGUUAACAUGAGAACAGUGACUAGUCCAGAUCAAGUUCCCAAAUACUUUGAAGGUGCUUGGAAGUUUGAAUCACCUAUCGUUAAUAUGGAUGUUUACAUGCCUUGGUUGGAAAAGCAAGCAAGAAGUCUUGGAGUUGAGAUAUUAUCUCCCAUAACCGUGGGUCCUCGCCUAAUCGAUGCUGCUUUGGCUGCUUAUCGACAUUUUGCUGCAGAAGUAUUGGUCAAUUGUACUGGUUUAGGUUCUCGAGAGUUGUGUAAUGAUAAAAGUGUUAUUCCUGGUAGAGGUGCUACUAUUCGAGUUCAGUCCAAUAUGAAAAAGCAACGAGAGUUUGUUACAACUAGUUCUGGUCCUUUUUCUUCCAAUGAGUUGCCGACAUAUAUUCUACCACGUGGAGAUGAUUUGUUUACUUUAGGAGGAACUUAUUUUGAAAAUGAUUGGAAUACUCGAGUGGGUCCUGAAGAAGCAAUGGAUAUUCAAAGAAGAUGUAGUUUAUUAGUACCAGAAAUAAAGGAUGCACCAGUUGUUUGUAGUUGGGCUGGCUUAAGACCAGUUCGACCGCAAGUUCGACUUGAAUAUGAAAUUCUAGACGAAGAUAAGGUUCCUCUUAUUAUUCAUAAUUAUGGACAUGGAGGAGCUGGAGUUACAGUUAGUUGGGGUUGUGCCAAGCAUGUAGUUACUUUAUUGGAAGACUUGACUGCAGUCAAUGAACGAAGAAUGCUUAGCAGUAGACUUUAGUAUUUCAGAAAAUGGAAAAUAAAUUCAUUUUUUUUAGU